GUGAACGAAUUAAAAAACCAGUUCCUCUUCAAGAACAGACUGUUAAAGAUGCAAAGGGACGAUACCAGCGUUUCCAUGGAGCAUUUACUGGUGGUUUCUCUGCUGGUUACUUUAACACUGUUGGCACAAAGGAAGGAUGGGCUCCUUCAGCUUUUGUGUCAUCACGGCAGAAGAGAGCAGACAGAACUAUUCUUGGACCAGAAGACUUCAUGGAUGAGGAGGAUCUUAGUGAAUUUGGGAUAGCACCAAAAGAUAUUACAACCACAGAUGAUUUUGCAUCCAAAGCUAAAGACAGAAUAAAAGAGAAAGCUAGACAGAUUGCAGGAGUAGUUGCUGCCAUUCCAGGAACCAGCGCAUUUGAUGAUUUAAUAGGACCAUCAAAAAUAACAGUUGGGGUUGAGCUGCUAAGAAAAAUGGGCUGGAAAGAAGGACAAGGAAUUGGACCGCGAGUCAAAAGAAAACCACGCAGGCAGAAACCUGACCCUGCAGUGAAAGUGUACGGUUGUGCGUUGCCACCCGGACUAUCUGAAGGUUCUGAGGAUGAAGAAGAUGAGUACCAGCCAGAGGAUGUGACAUUUGCACCAAAAGAUAUAAUGCCUGUAGAUUUGACUCCAAAAGAGAACGUCCAUGGACUUGGCUAUAAGGGUUUGGAUCCCUCACAAGCUUUGUUCCAUGCAUCUGGAAGAGAACACCUGAAUCUUUUCACAGGUGAAUCGGAAGACACAAGCAAUUUACUAGGGGAUCUGAGACACAGUAAAGGAAGAAAACUAGGUAUUACGGGUCAGGCUUUUGGUGUAGGAGCAUUAGAGGAGGAAGAUGACGAUAUUUAUGCAACUGAAACACUGUCAAAAUACGAUACAGUUCUAAAAGAUGAGGAACCUGGAGAUGGCUUGUAUGGCUGGACAGCGCCUAAGCAGUAUAAAUCCAAAAAAAGGUCUGAAGGAGAAGUUAAAUAUAUAGGCAAAAUCUUGGAUGGUUUUUCCUUGGCAUCAAAAUCAUCAACUCCAAGCAAGGUUUAUCCACCACCUGACCUGCCACGAAAUUACAGACCAGUCCACUACUUUCGACCUGUAAUAGCAGUUGGGAGUGAAAACUCUUGUUUGCAGAAGGCAUUGGAGGAAUCGACUGGGAAACUUGAGAGUGAUACGGCACAACAAGGCAGGCAUGCUUUGAAUGCAUCUCAGAGGAGGGAACAACUCGGAGAGACUAGUUUAAAAGGUCCAGCUCCUUCUGUUUUAGAAUAUCUAUCUGAGAAAGAUAGAGAAAGACUCAAACAAGUGAAACAAGCAUCUGAACAACAAUUGAAAGCUAAAGUGUUACCUCAGCAGUCACAAAAUAGCCGAUUCCAGGAAGCCUCCCGAGAUGAUGCUUCUCACAAAUGGCAAAUGUUGUUGAGGGACCAGUUAGCAAAUGCAGGUUCUAGUGACUUCAAACCAUUUGCAAGAAAUCCAGAAAAACAAAGAAGAUAUGAAAGUUUUGUGAAAAGUCUUAAACAGGGAGAAAAAGUAGAUACAUUGGAGCAUUGUUCAGACCCAAGUAUGACAGAAUGGGAGCGAGGAAGAGAACAGGAGGAGUUCUUCCGUGCAGCAAUGUUCUACAAAUCCUCAAAUUCUACACUGUCAUCCAGGUUUACCCGGGCCAAAUACGAAGAUGAUGUUGACAAAGUUGAAGUUCCUCGGGACCAAGAGAAUGAUAUUGAUGAUAAGGAAACUGCUGUGAAGAUGAAGAUGUUUGGCAAACUGACAAGAGACAAGUUUGAAUGGCAUCCUGAAAAGCUGUUGUGUAAAAGAUUUAAUGUUCCUGAUCCAUAUCCUGAUUCUUCCAUUGUUGGGUUACCAAAAGUGAAACGAGACAAAUACUCUGUGUUUAAUUUCUUAACUCUGCCUGAGUCCACCACACCUGUAACUCAAGCAACACAUGAAAAAAUCCAACAGAGUAACAAUCCCAACAAACCAAAGAAACCUUCAAGAUGGGAUGUGUCAGAUAAAGAGAAGGAGAAGAAAGAUUCUAUCAGCGAAUUCAUUAGUCUCGCUAGAUCAAAAGCUGAUGUUCAGCAGCAGCCACCAGUGCCAGCAGCAGCAGCAGAACAUGAAAGUGGACCAAGUGAAGGUCUUGCCACUGAGGUAGCUAAUGAAGAGAAGGAUCAGGAAGAAGAAAGCAGACCAUCCAUGGACUUAUUUAAGGCCAUCUUUGUGAGUUCCUCAGAUGAAAAAUCAUCUUCUGAAGAAGAAGAGAGUGAUGAAGAAGAGCAACCAACUACUUCGGUAGUAGAUUCAGAACCCACUAAACAAGUUGAUCUACCAGGUGGUUCUUCAUCUAAUGUACAAGAGAAUGUGGCUGCUACAACAGAUCCUGGUGUGUCUUUGUUGCCUACUGCAAAACAGGAACUGGAUGCAGCAGAGGAAUUUGGACCGAAGUUGCCUCCAGCUUUUUCUUCUGGCACUACUUGGCAACAAGAACCAGUGGCACCAGCAAGUUUUCCUGGGCCUAGUAGGAAGGAGAAACAUAGGAAGAACAGAGAGAAACAUAAGACUAAGAAAGAACACAAACACAAAAAGGAAAAGAAAAAGAAACAUAAAAAACAGAAGAACAAAGGAAAACGCAAGAAUAAAAAAUCAGAAAAAGACAGCAGCUCAGACACUUCAGAUAGUACUGACAGCCUUAGUGAUAUAGAUACCACAGGACUGUCACCCAAAGAACUUCUGAGAAGAUUAAAACAACUUCAGUAUUGA